AUUAAAACCUCGAAGUGAAGUGAUAUUAUUAAUAAAAUAAGUAUGAAGAGUUUUAUUUCUAUUUUGUUGUUUUGUUUAGUUUUAAAAGCGAACAGUCAUGGUAUGAGCGUAGUGUUCUCAUGGAAGCAAAUUAGUUACAACUUUGAUGGAGUUAUUUACACAAAGAGCUCAGACUACGACCGCACCAUAGGCUACAACGUCCACUUUGCCGACGAGCUACAAGACGCAGAGAAGUUCUUCAUUCAGUACAACAAUGUGCCCAUCGGGUUUGAAGUCUAUGGAGACACGGUGUUCGUCACAGUGCCGAGGAGACGACAUGGUAUCCCCUCCACCUUAAACUACGUAAAGCUGUCAGACGCAAACCCAGUACUGCGUCCGUAUCCUGACAUAACCAGCAGUAGUUUAGUGUCCGUGUACAGACCAAGAGUUGAUGAGUGCGGACGGCUUUGGAUGGUAGAUACUGGACUACUCGAGGUUCCUGGAGAGAGGAAGCAAAUACAGCCUCCCACAAUAGUCGUGUAUGACCUCAACAGUAACAGACAGAUCUUGAGAUACCAGCUCAAACCUACGGAUCUGGUUGACGAGAAGACACCAGGAGGUCUAACCUCCAUAGCUGUGGAUGUCGGCUGUUCAUGUGAAGAUACGUACGCGUACAUCAACGACCUGGCCACCAACGGUCUUAUUGUCUUCUCACUCAGAGAAAGAGACAGUUGGAGGAUACAAGACGACAGUUUCAAGCUGGAUGAAGGGGCUUUGAACUUCACUGUUGCUGGUCACGUGAUCAACUGGCGUGAUGGGCUCUUCAGCGUUGCCCUAUCUAACCGGGAUGCUACAAACUGCAGAACAGCUUUCUUCCAUCCACUGGUGUCUACUCAGGAGUUCGGUAUCAACACGGCCGUGCUCAAGUCUUCGAGACACGGGUAUCUCAGCGGCAAACCGACGCUCCUAGGCACUAGAGGCCCGUUAACCCAAAGCGGCAGCCACGACUACUACAACGGCAUGCUGUUCUUCGCCAACGUGGCCCAAGACGGUAUCCUCUGCUGGAACACUAGGAAACCACUAACUCCAGAGAAUAUGGUCUUGGUGGCACAGGACCAUGAGAAACUUGUGUAUAUUUCAGAUUUAAAAGUGAAAGCUGGCGAGGUUUGGGUCCUAGUGAAUCAAAUUCCCCGUUUUGUCUACAGUACCCUAGACCCUACACAGAAUAAUUUCUACAUUCUCAAAGGGAGGGUACCAGACUUGAUCAAAAAUACGAGAUGCGCGUAAUUUUAAGAAACAAAAUAGUUUUAGACGUUUUAGUAUGAUGUUAAUGAAAAGAACCCCUUUAAGAACCGACACAAACUAAAAUUCCAAAAUCUGAAGAGAUUGAUGUGUGUUGAAAAAACAUUGCUCUAGCUUUCAAAACCAUGUAGCAAAACAGUCGAGUACAUUUGUAAGGGGAAAAGACCACUCCUGGGGGCCGAUUUUUGAAUCUCGGCCAUUCGAUUUCGUGAAAUUCGUUCAAUAAUAUCUCCACUACUAGCGAUUUAAAUUCUACUAACAGAAUCGAAAACGAGUGGUCAUUACCACUAGUUUCAAAAUUACUAGCCGUCCUUUUUCAAAAAUAGCAUUCCGUCGUUUUCCACAGACUUUCGAACGGCGGAUUCAAAAAUCGAUCCCCUGUUGCCCUGUCAAGGAAAACACCGUGCAAUUAAAUACUUACAAAUAAAAAA